AUGAUCACUUUGGUUGCCCCUUCAACUCGAGCUACUCCUCGUCGUCCCUCCUUACCCGCUCAUCUCGUUGAGAUGAUCAUGCUUCGCGAGUAUAAAACCGAAGCCGAUCUUUUCGAAGCACUCCAAGCAACAAAAUCUUUCCCUGAACUCUUGAUGACUCAUUUCUGUCUUCACAAUCUUCUCUUCAAGAAAUAUCCUUUUAAGAAAGUUCGCGUUUUCUCUUAUCCAUUCUCGCAUUCGAUCUAUUGGUAUGUGCUGGAGGAACGCCGAGAAACAACUCCACAAAUCACAUGUGCGCAAGGCAUUGGCCGACACGAUUCAAUGGCUUUCCUCAUGGGAUUACGACUUUUCUUGGACACUAUUAAGUGUGACGUUGGAAAGACGGGAUUUUUGAUUGGAGCCGAGGAACACUUGCAAUUUGAUAUUGCCACAAUUUUCGAGCAAAUCUUGCCCACCCAUAUCUUGGAGCCAAAGAGUCGAAACACUUUCUUCUACAUGACACCCGAGCAAAUCGAGGAUCUUUCAUCAGCUGAUUUGACUGUUCCUUAUGGAUAUGAGUUCUCCGAGGUGAAUCUCGAGAAAGACGCGAAACUUAUUCACGAGAGCUGGGAAUUUGGGACAACUCUUGAGCAUACCUCAUCUCGACUUGAAUCUCUGCCAUCAGCUGUAAUCCGUGACUUGGACGGUCGCUUAGCUUCUUUCGAGAUGAUGUCCCAAUACGGUGCCCUCUCCAAUCAAUUCUCUCUACCCGAACACCGUAGACAAGGCCUCGGUCGCCUCGUCGAACUAAAACUUGCUCAAAAAGCCGUCAAAUCCGGGCAAAUUCCCUUCAAAACCGUUCCCUCUUAUCACGAAGAAGUGAUUCGUCGCUCGGUCGAGUCCCCAUUCUGGUCGACUUUCACUCGCAAUGGCAACCCUGUCACUUUCGUUUUCCAGACGGCCGCUCUUCGACUU